UGGGAUUGCGAGGAUUUACUGCAGAACAGCUGCAGGGGGUGUUGAGUGGUAAGGUUAUGUCCUCUCAGACCAUUGGUCUGGAGUUGGACUAGAUAGGGUUAAAUAGUGGAAUGGGUGGUGUUUUUUUUUUUAGAGAGAGGGCUAAUGGGUGGUGUCGCAAUUUUUCUUAGUCCCAAUUUUGUAUUAUUGUGUUAAAUAAUAUGAUGUAGGUAGGCCGUGAAUGGCCUCACACACCAGUACAGUAGGUGGCGGUGUAUGCACCUUAAAGUUGGAUGCAAUCCGCCAACCAAAUCCCGAAGAAGAAGAAAUAAGCAGGAAGUGAAUGGCUAGAGCGUUAGUUUAUUUACGUAGUGGACAUGUGGCUAUACAGACCCUAAAAUGGCCAAAUUACAGAUAGAGUUGAAUGCGUUUCUUACUGAGCGAUUAACAGCGGCUGCUGUGGAGAUAUCGGCUGUCUUUCAAAAAAAGCUAGUCGAGUACCAGGAAGAAAUCUCCCGUUCGAAGGAGGAGAACAAACGUCUACAGAGGCUGUUGGGUUUGGUGUUCCACCCGGAAAUCAAGUUACAUCGAGCAGACUCCCAGCAGCCCUCUCUCCCUGUCUCAGAAGAGAAGGUUCCCCCUGAGAAGGAGAGGAGCCCCAAUCUGGGGCAAGAGGACCCAGAGCCCACACAGAUUAAAGAGGAACAGGAGGAACUCCGGACCAGUCAGGAGGAAGAGCAGCUUCAAGGGCUGGAGCCUGAUACCAAAUACCUCUUCUUGAUUCCUGCCUGUGUUAAAAUUGACUAUGAACAGGACCCACCUCUGCCCUCACAUCUUGACCAAAUCUUGGAGAACAGAGAGAGGGACUCUCUACCCACCAACACAACUGAACAGAUCAAAACAGAACCUGGUGGAGAGGACUACAGAGUAUCUGUUCCAACCAGGGACUCUCAGCCCCUCUCUGAAGCCCAGAUGGAAAACAUAGAAGAACGUGUUGAUGGGAUGGAGAGAUCCAUUCCCCCUUCCUUCUCUCCAGACUCCCAGCAGCCCUCUCUCCCUGUCUCUAAAGAGAAGGUUCCCCCUGAGCAGCAGGAGAGAAGCCCCGGUCUGUGGCAGGAGGACCCAGAGCCCACAAAUCAAGAGGAACUCAGGACGAAUCAGGAGGAAAAGCAGCUGGAAUCUGACAGCAGAGUAUCAGAACCAACCAGUGACUCUCAGCUCCUCUCUGCAGUAAAUCCAGACGGUUCUGCAGCUCAGAGUGAAAACAGUAAAGUUCAUCAGAGUCCCACCACUUCUUCAGAACAAGAUUCUAGUAACGUGGAAUCAAAUGAAGCAUCUCAUUUCUCUAACUGGACCGACAAAAACAUUUUGGAUACAGACGGCAACUCUUUAGACAGUAGCUCUUGCGCUAAAGAAGAUUCUGAGGCACGGAAACCAGCAAAGAGAACAUGCCAUUCUAGUGGUGUGGUUAAUGAGCCUUCUGAUUUGUCUAACUUAUGUGAUGAAAACAACCCAAGGACUGAGAUCAGCCCUUCAGACAGCAACAAAGACAUGAACAUCCAAACAGACUCUGGGGCUCAUAAUCCAGCUAAGAGAAAAUGUCAGCGGGCGCAUAAUGUUGCUGUAGCAAGAUGUGGGAGUGGAGAGAUGGUCGCCUGUUCCCGGCCCAAAGUGCCGGGGUCCACUCAAGAUUACACCCACUGCAUGCACUGUCAAGGUCUGUACAAUCGAAAGACACUGUGGAAGCAUGUCAGAUAUUGUCCUCUGAAUCCCAAAGCUGACGAACCAAAACCUGGACAAAAGAUGAGGAUUCAGUCAGCAAUGGUGUUUAAGUUGUGUCCUCAACCCGAUUACGUCAGCACAGGUCUUUGGAAGAUAGUUUGUGGUAUGAACUCCGGCGAAGUUUCAUUUGUGGUAAGAAAUGACAAAUAUAUCCUCCUCAUGGGAGAAGAGAUGUACAACAAACUACAGCCAGAUGACAGAAGAAAUAAAUUCAUUCCACAAAGAAUGAGAGAGAUGGCAAGACUACUCAUCACGGCCAGGAAGUGUACACCUCUGAUGUGCUUUGAGGACUUGGUCAUACCUAGUAAUUUACCUCACGUCAUCACGGCAGUGAGAGCUGUUGCUGGCUACAACGAGGAGAACAAAACGUACGACCGCCCGACGCUGGCUGUUCAAAUGGGAUACAACUUAAUGAACAUUGGCAGCGCUGUGGAAUCCUGUGCACUAAAGUCAGGACAAUACAAGGUCGCAGAGUUUGCAGGCAAAUUCAAAGGUUUCAAGUGGAAUGAGGUUGUUAUGGCUGGAGCACUGUCCACUCUCAGUGAACCAAAAAUGAAAUGUACCCAGCCGACCCGUCACACAGGCGGCCCAGCCGACCCGUCACGCAGGCGCCCAGCCGACCCGUCACGCAGGCGCCCAGCCGACCCGUCACACAGGCGCCCAGCCGACCCAAAGAAACGCUGUGAGAUUAAAGUGGACCGUUGAUGAGGUAGCAGCAGUUCAUAAAGAGUGGCCGAGUUCCUGGAAAGAGGGACUGCCUCAAAUGCCUCCAGUCGGAACCUGUGGCGCUCAAAAUCAGAAACUGGUCAGGCAUUAAGUUCUAUGUAAAUAGAAUCAAAAGGAGACCGCGUACUGCACCGAAUUUGGUGGACAGCGGCCCCGACGGGGACUUCAAAUCAGGGCCAGAGACUGUCAACGCAACAACACCUUAGCCAUUGUGUUUUCCAGUCAGACUUCGAACCAGCCAGGGAUUCGAACCAGUGACUUUUUAUGUGUGGUGGGGGGGUUACAGGUACAAUAUUUAAGUUCACAUCAGUUCAUAUUCUGUUGAGAUAUUUUAUAUUCAUUAUUUCACACAUUGUACCUCUGGGCUGCCACUCAAAAAAACUCAACAACAAAAAAAAAAACAUUACAAGAGGUACAUAACUAAGUACUGAUCAUUUUGAUGCACUAUGCAGAAAUCGCUCCGCCAUUUCCUGGUUGCUAAAAUUGAAAUAGUAAGUCUAAUUUCAGUUUGUGACAAAACAAGCAAGUAUAGUGUAGAGAAUCAUUGUACCAUCUAAACCGCUGCGAAAUGUCUUUUGCAUAACCCAAAAUCAUGUAUUUUCAGCUGUUUGAAGCUGGUUUACAAAACUGAAAGUAAAAGACGCAAAAACAAAACAUAAGAACAGGAAGC